GUUUGUUUAUGGCUCACAAGUUUUUUUCCCCCAAGAUCUGUAAGUGAGAAGGUUCCAUUCAUAAUUUAGUCAAUAAUUGCUGAAUUUAUAUAUUAAUUAAUGUGUAUAGGAAAACAGCGUUUCAUGAGAAUUUCUGUCUUUUGAUAAUCUCAGUAAACUGAGAAGAUUUGCCUUGGAGUUUGGUGUAUUUGCCAGUAGUCUCAGACAGAAAGAGUUUUAUUUUAUUUCUCUUAGAUUAUAAACUUCAAUGGAAACAACAGCCUGCAAGAGAGCAUUUUCCGAAUUCAUGAAAAUCAUUCAGACCUUGCUUUUGUUUUGCUAGUAAACAUUGCUCUUUAAUUCAGAAAACAGUUUGUACUGGCCUGGGGAAGCCUGUCUCAUUUGAUAAUGGGCUCUGAAUCCCGUGGAUUAUUGCAGGGAUUUUAUCUUGCAGUAAUCUCCAGGGAGAAAUGUACAAACAGCUGGGAGAGCAAGGAGGAACUGCAUUGUGCAGCAGGAGUUUGUGGAGCAGAAUUUUAGGGUGCUGGAGUGGAUCUCAAUACCAACAUGAAUCUUUUCUGUUUUUCUCUGGAGGGCUCGAUGGACAGCUUGUAUGAGCCUGUCCCAGAACAUCAGGAAUCCAAGGAUACAACUACUCCUGAAAGCCAGCCUACGACUCCAGUGAGCACACAGGCAACCUGUGGGCCACCUGACAGGUCUAUGUCUUUGGAGUUCCCUGACAUUGAGAACACACUGACCAAAAAAAGAAAAUCCAUCCAGAAGUCCAUGUCUGAAAAUGAAGCAUUUGACAGGAAAAAUGUGAAUGGCACACUUUGGCAGGGUUCCAGGAAGCCGGAGAAUGAUUCCUACAUAAGAAGGCACUGCCAGCUUGAAGAAGAUAAUAUUAUUGCUGAUGGAAUACAUUUGCUCCAAGGAAAGAAGAUAGAAGAAACAACAUGUCAGGUGAUAAACUAUGAGCAAUGGAUCCCACCACGAGUUCACAGUCCAGGUGUGCCUGGUAACAGUGAAAUGGGUACAGAACCAGACAAUAAAGCUGAAUGCAGGGGAACAUUAAAAAGGUUGCAGAAAUUGGUCCGGACAAAGAAAACAAGUACACAGAGCUUGGAAGAUGUCAAGCACGUUCUGGUUCCCCUCAAUACCUUAGAAGAUGCUUAUCUCUCUGAAGAGGAUGAAGAAGCUCUAACUUCUUGCAUGAAGCUGACAAAAGCUCAGGAAAAGAAGACAUGGAGAGAUAGCACAAGGAGAAAAGAAGAGACUGAGACCAGGACAGAUUUUAUUUCUGCCUCUCUGGGCCGCUCAUACACUUCCAGACUUAAUAACUUAGGAACUAUUUCAAUCCAUUCUGAAACAGAGUUUCACUUGUGGAGUGACUGGAAGCCGUUUCCUGACAACCAGCUCUGUCCUUGUGACUUUUUAAUUUCAAAAAUAGAAGAAUGGGAAAACUGUACUUGCUCUUCUCAUCAGUCACAUCUUACAUACUCCCUAACUGAUAUGGAUCUACAGUACUCCUGGCGCACCAGCAGCUUUGGAAGCUUUGACCGUUUCAGGCAUCACUCGGUAUCCAAGACAGAUGAUUCAGCUGAGAUAUCUGAGCUGGAGACUAUAAGUGACAUUGGGGAAACAGUACAAAUCAAAGCAGCAAACAAUGGAGGAAGUCUGAGUAAGAAGAUGAGAGCCAUUUCACUUACCAUGAAGAAAAAGAUGGGCAAAAAAUACAUCAAGGCACUCUCUGAGGAGAUGAAUGAAGAGGGAAAAGAUGACAAUGAUCCUGGUGGUGGAACACACACUGAGAAGGUCUCCCUGAAAGCCAGUGACUCUUUGGAAAGUCUCUAUAGUCUGAACAGUGGCCAGAGCUCAUCUAGUGGGGUGACCAGCUGCUCUGAUGGCACGAGCAACAGGGACAGCCUGCGUUUGGAGGACGAGGUGCCCUACAAUGGCCCCUUCUGCGGCAGAGCCAAAGUCCACACCGACUUCACACCCAGCCCCUACGACACCGACUCGCUGAAAAUCAAGAAAGGAGACAUCAUAGAUAUCAUCUGCAAAACUCCCAUGGGCAUAUGGACUGGCAUGCUGAACAACAAAGUAGGAAAUUUCAAGUUCAUUUACGUGGAUAUUAUCUUGGAAGAAGAAGCUGCACCCAGAAAGAUAAACCCAUGCAGAGGAAGCAAAAGGACCAAGCCUAAAACAUUGCAAGAGCUCCUGGAAUGUGUCCACCUGCAGGAAUAUGCCUCAAGCCUCCUGCUGAAUGGCUAUGAAACUCUAGAGGACUUAAAGGAUCUACAGGAAAGCCACCUUAUUGAAUUAAAUAUUUCCAACCCAGAAGACAGGGCAAGAUUGUUAUCAGUAAUUGAAAGUCUACACGACUGUGACAUUGAAGAACAGCAGAAAAGUGAAGGUGGUCAGGAGACGCAGAACUUAAGCCCUCACCAGAGUUUUGACAAAUCACAGUUAAAUGAGUGUCCGAGAGAUUCUGGCUGUUACAUCUCAUCAGAAAAUUCAGAUAAUGGUAAAGAAGAAGCCGACUCAGAAGCCCUGUCUGACAUGGUGCAGUCAAUAACAAUCAGUGAGUCAAACUGAUUCAGUCCUGCUGCUUUUCUGCAGAUAUUCAGAAAAGACAGUCACGUUUGUCAGUAUGAUGACACAGAUGCAGAACACAAAAUAUUCUCAACACUGAAAAUCUACUGUUUUUCUGAUUCACGAUGUUCUGUUUCAUAUGUGUUCACUUGAUAGCUAAAUGUUAAUUGAUAAUAAGAAUUUCUCAUGUUUUUCUUCUCAAUGAAUUCACAAGUAUUUCCCUGAAAAAGUUUAUACAAAAGUAUUUAUAAAUAUUUGUACAGCGAAUGCAUUUUCUAUAAUAUUUGAGAAUUUUUUUUAAGUAGUAGUUCAUACUGGAGAUGUUCAUUUCUGGAACUGUCCAAAAUGUAAAUAUUGUACAUAUUUAUUUUAAAAAUAUAUGGAUUGAUCAUAUUGUCUCUAUUUUCAGCUGUGUUUUGCUGAUUUGUGAACGGAAUGUAUUUUCAUUUAUACAUCAUUAUAAUAAAAAGGUGGAUACCGUCACACUCUACUUUGGAAAGUACCAAGCCAAUUCUCACUAAUAUUAAAGCUGUUUCACACCACUUUUCUCCAAAAUGAGCUCUAAAGUAGGCUGUCAUUUCCUGUACUUUUUCCUGGAGGCAUGAGAGAACUGUAGGCUGAAUCUGAAUUCAACUCUCUGUGAUCCUUGUCUUGUGGAUGGCUUAUGCAGUGGCAAUUUUUUAAUGGUUCUUUUCCCACCUGUUCUCAUUUGUCCCAAGCAUUAUACAGAGAAUCCAAACUCGGAGAAAAAAAAAAAAACAGGAUCAAUGCUAUGCUUUUAUGAUAACGUUUUGUGAAGAUGUUUCUUUUUGUAUGUGGUGUGAAGUUUGUUAAUAGAGUAUUUGUUUGUAUACAGAACUCGGAAGCUAACAUGGUUAUUGUACAUGACUGUCUUUCAUAUGAGAUUUUAUUGUCUUUUCCCAGUAUAUUUCACACUGGAAUACACAUUUUAACUGCCUGUCCUCUUUUAGAGUACUUCCUUCAAUAAUAAACAGAAUCAUGUGUUUAAGCCCUUUAAAAAUACUUGAUUUUUAAAGUAGUCAUUGCAUUUCAAAGACUGCUCUGCUCUCGUCUAUGACUAACACAGUAAAUAGUAAUUCCACUGAGCAUUUUUAGCAUGCAUAAGAAUCUGUGUAUCAAAUCAAUAAGAGAGACUUUUUUCUCAGUCAUUAGUCACAGUUUUCACACAAUUUAAGGAAUUUUGCAUUUAUGUUAAAAAGUUUCCACAUAUUGCUGACAGCUUGAAAGAAAAUCACCUUCAGAAGACAUGAAACACAAAAUGUUCCACCCCAAAAACAGUAUUUCUGAAGAAGCUAUAAACAAAUGGAAAGCUUUUCUCCCUUUAUUUCUCUUUUCCCCAAUGUAAGUGUUUUCUGUACUUUUCAUGACUUCUCAAAAGACUACUGCUGUCAGACUCCUAAUACACAAAUCUGCUUUGAAGACUGCAGUAUAAAAAUUGCAAUUUUAGAAAACUGCAUUAACAAGAUUUCAAAGAUGUGGAAUAUAUAAACUCUGUUUAGAAAAAA